AUGGGUAGCACCAACUUUAAGUUCUCGUUCGAGAAAUGCACCAAUUAUUUCGAGAUUGCAGUUGCACUAGAAGUAGCUGCGAUCCCUGAAGGUUUACCAGCUGUCAUAACCACAUGUUUGGCCCUUGGGACCCGGAAGAUGGCUCAAAAGAUUGCACUUGUGUGGAAGUUGCCAAGUGUUGAAACCCUAGGAUGUACAAUAGUCAUCUGCUCGGAUAAAAUAGGUACUUCAACCACAAACCAGAUGUUUGUAUCAAAGCUCGUGGCCAUAGGUGAUAGAGCAAACGUUGUCCGGCCUUUUAAUGUAGAAGGGACUACAUAUAGACCUUUUGAUGGAAAAAUUCAACGAUGGCCUGUGCGAAGAAUAGAUCAUAAUCUUCAGAUGAUAGUCAAGAUUGUUGCUCUGUGCAAUGAUGCAGGAAUUGAAGAAAGUGGGAAUCAUUUUAUUGCAAAUGGAAUGCAUACCGAGGCAGCUCUGAAGGUGAUGGUUGAGAAAAUGGGACUUCUUGAUAGUAUGAAUGAUGGUUCAUCCUCAGUGAACGGUGGUUUACUUUGUUGCUGCAAUUCUUGGAAUAAACAUGAUCCACGGGUCACUACUCUUGAGUUUGACUGGGACAGAAAAUCUAUGGGAGUUAUUGUCAGUUCUACCUCAAGAGGAAGAAAGUCCUUGCUUGUGAAGGGUGCAGUGAACUUGUUGGAACGAAGUUCCUUCUUUCAACUACUAGACGGUUCUAUUGUCUGA